ACAUCGCGCGGCUCCAGCGCGCGGUGACGCUGUGCGCGGUGACGCUGUGCAGUGCAGCGCUGCGGAUGGCGGCGGCUCCCGCGGUGAUCCGCAGGUUAGAGGAGGCGGUGGUGAACAGGAUCGCGGCGGGUGAGGUGAUCCAGCGGCCCGCUAAUGCCAUCAAAGAGAUGGUGGAGAACAGUCUGGAUGCUAAAGCUACGAGUAUUCAGGUCACCGUAAAGGAAGGUGGACUAAAGCUGAUUCAGAUCCAGGAUAAUGGCACUGGGGUCAGGAAGGAAGAUUUGGAAAUAGUUUGUGAGAGGUUUACCACCAGCAAGCUACAGAAGUUUGAAGAUCUUACUACAAUUGCGACUUAUGGAUUUAGAGGAGAGGCUCUUGCAAGCAUAAGCCACGUGGCACACUUAACCUUAACAACCAAAACUGCUGAUGGAAAAUGUGCAUACAGGGCUAGUUACUGUGAUGGACAAUUAAAGGCUCCUCCAAAACCAUGUGCUGGAAACCAAGGCACACAGAUCGCAGUGGAGGAUCUCUUCUACAACAUUAACACACGAAGGAAAGCUCUGAAGAAUCCCAGUGAGGAAUAUGCUAAAAUUGUAGAGGUUAUGAGCAGGUAUGCUAUUCACAAUUCAGGGGUGAGCUUUGCUGUGAAGAAGCAUGGUGGAACUAUGGCUGAUGUAAGGACUUUAUUAAAUGCUUCAACCUUGGACAAUAUCCGAACAAUCUAUGGAAACGCUGUCAGCAGAGAAUUGAUUGAAGUGGGUCUUGAAGAUCCAAAAUUAGCUUUCAAGAUGAAAGGUUAUAUAUCCAAUGCAAAUUAUUCUGUGAAAAAGUGCAUCUUUUUGCUCUUCAUCAAUCAUCGCUUGGUGGAAUCUAGCACUUUGCGAAAAGCAAUAGAAGCCGUCUAUGCAGCGUACCUUCCAAAAAAUACACACCCAUUCCUGUACCUGAGUCUUGAAAUACAGCCACAGAAUGUGGACGUGAACGUCCAUCCCACCAAGCACGAGGUUCACUUCCUGUACGAGGAGAAUAUCAUUGAGCGUGUGCAGCAGCACAUCGAGAGCAAACUCCUCGGCUCCAAUUCCUCCAGGACCUAUUUCACCCAGACACUGCUGCCAGGCUCUUCCAUAGCCUCGGAUGAAAUUGUCAAACCUUCAACGGCAUCAGCAGCUCAAGACUCUGGUGACAAGCUAUACGCUCACCAGAUGGUGCGGACAGAUUCCAGGGAGCAGAAGCUGGAUGCCUUCCUUCAGCCAGUGUGCAGAGCACAGGCUGGGCAGGCCACGAACAGCACUGGUGUGGCUUGGGGUCAGGACUGUGAGAUGGAGGAGGUAAAUGACACUGCCUUACCAGCUCCAGCAAAUUCUCUAGAGACUGAGAGCUCAACAAAGUUUGAGGAGGACCCUAUACAGUCAUGCAGCAAAGCCUCAACUAAUUCAUUGUCCAGGAAGAGGGCAAGAGCAGAUUCAGAAGUGGAGAUGAAGGUAGACAACUCCAGCAGUGAAACGGCAGCUGCUCAGCUCCCCAAACGCCGGAUUAUUAACCUCACCAGUGUGCUGGCAUUACAAGACGAAAUCAACACCCAGUCUCACACAGGUCUGCAAGAUAUGCUGAGGAACCAUUCAUUUGUGGGCUGUGUAAACCCUCAAUGGACAUUGGUGCAGUACCAGACCAAACUUUACCUGAUUAACCUCACCAAGCUCAGCCAAGAAUUGUUCUACCAGAUAUUAGUAUUCGACUUUGGCAAUUUUGGAGUGUUAAGAUUGUCGAAUCCAGCGCCUUUGUAUGAACUGGCCAUGCUGGCUCUGGAGAGCCCGGACAGUGGCUGGACAGAAGAAGAUGGCCCCAAGGAGGGACUGGCAGAGUAUAUUGUGGAUUUUUUGAAGAAAAAGAGUGAAUUGCUCCGAGAUUAUUUUUCACUUGAGAUUGAUGGGGAGGGAAAUCUCACUGGGUUACCUCUACUCCUGGAGAACUACAUUCCAGCUUUGGAGGGGCUUCCAAUGUUUGUCCUGCGGCUGGCUACAGAGGUGAACUGGGAUGAAGAGAAGGAAUGUUUUGAAACUUUCAGCAGAGAAUGCAGCAUGUUUUAUUCCAUCAGAAGCCAAUACAUACUGGAUGAGCGUCAGGCAUCACCCAGUCUGGGCCAGCAGCCAGAGGUUCUGGGCAGCGACACAAGUUGGAAAUGGACUGUGGAGCAUGUGGUCUCCAAAGCUUUCCGGACUCGCCUCCUUCCUCCCAAGCGCUUUACAGAGGAUGGAACAAUUCUGCAGCUUGCCAAUCUCCCAGACCUAUACAAAGUAUUUGAGAGGUGUUAACUGAUUCUCAAUGGGCCUAUGAAACAUUUGUGUGGGUGGGUUGAGUGAAGAAUAUAUUUUGUAUAAUUUUUAUAUACCAUGUUCUUUAUUUAUUUUUCACAUUAUGCAAUAUUUUCUUUCAAUUCAAAAUGGGAAAGUUUGGUUAUUGCAUAAACUAAUACAAUAAUGUGACCUGUACUGAAUCUGCAUUCUUUUUGUAGAUGAUUACCUAAGCAACUACUUUCUAAAUAAAUGGUUAAUACUGA